AUGUCAAAAAAUUUCUUAGAUAUUGCAUCACUCUUUUCUGACAAUCCACAACAUACAUGGUCCAAUGGUAUUCAAUCAUCAAGAAUUGAUCAAAUUUGGAUAUCACCAUCAUUAUCACUUACACCAAUCUCAUUCAAAACAAUUGAUAUUAUUCCAUUUUACAAUGCUGAUCAUAAAUUAAUUAUAUGUUCAUUUGAGAUAUCUAACUUAACUUCACAACCAACAACACAUUCCAUAAAAACCAAUACAUCAAAUGAAACCCUCCCUACAAAAAAAGUUUCACCACAUGCUACUCCUCACCGACCAUUAGUCAACACCUCAUUAUUCAAACAACAUUGUAAAAUCACACAUCUCCUUUCUUCAUUACAUUCAUUUAAACAAUCUACUCCAUUGCCAAUAAAAUGGCAUACAACAUUUUGCUCAAUUAAAACCAUUGCUUCCUUACAUAACUACACAUUCCCUAGUUUUAUACUUUUCAACAUAGAAGUUCUUGAAAAUAUUAUAAAUUUGAUUAAAACUUUUGAACAUUCACUUCGACAAAUCUGUCUCAUAAAAGAACAGGACUUCAACAAACAAAUCACUGAAAAUAUCAAAAAAUGUUGUAAUAACAUGAAAGACAAUCUCUCAAGUAUGCUCUCAUCAAUUCUUGAAAAACCUUACAGACAUAUUGACCUUAACAAAAUCUUGAUUACUCCACCUGAUGAAUCUCAACAUAUAUCCUCAGAUCCAGACACUGUGAAAUCUCAUACAAGAAUUCACUUCUCAAAUAUUUCUAGCACAGCAAAUAAUCCACCUCCUGAUAACUUAUGGAAUGAAUGGGCUCAUGUCUAUCAACCCCUAAACUACAUCAAACCUGAAUGGUUGAUUCCAUACUAUCACCUAUUACAAAAACUGAAUUAUUAA